AUGGUGAAGGAAAAAUUGACACCUGUUAGAGUUGGAAAUGUUGAACUGGAAAGUUUUGACACUAAAACAACACCCUUAACUUCUUUUUCAACUUCCACCAUCAUUACUACUAAUAAUAAUGAUUAUUUAUCGCAAAGAAAACCUGCAGGAAUUAGCAAACGUAGAAAAUCUUUUAAGCCAACAAUACCUAAACCAUUCAAGUUUCGUACUGCUGCACGCCCAAAUUCAACAUGUCAUGAUGAAAUUCAAAAAAGAUCACCAUUUGUUCCGUUAGCAGCUAAAGUCAGAGACUUUUUGAAAAAGGACGAAAGAUCAACAUUUGGCGGUGAUAAAAAGGUUAAUUGCGGACGAAAGAAACCGCUUACUAUUCCAAGAUCUCCAAAGUUACAUGUUUCACUCAAAUCGAAAGCAUCUAGUGCCUCUUUAUUUACUGAAGAACAACAAAAUCAAAAUAAUCAAUUUAAAGCCAAAACUCCUAAUCAAAAGAUUUUGGAAUGUAGUGAUUUAGGCUUACCAAAAUUACAAAAGAUCGAACCUCCUGUAACAGAAUCUUUAGACGCAGACUCUCCUGAAAAUAACGAUAAUACACAAGAAAAAUUGGAUCAAAACCAUGAUGAAUUGGAAAAUACUCGUUUAUUCAAAGCACAACCAGCUCCAAGUGAUACACAAGACACUGAUAUUCGAGGAGAAAGGUAUCAACAAAUAUUUCAGGAAAGGUUGAAGGGUCAAUUGGAACACGAAAAGGAGAAUCAAUUUCAUGCACUGCCAAUGCCAAACUUAGAACCUGAGAUAAUUAAAAAACCCGAGAAACCACAGCCAACGGAACCUGUAGAAUUUCUUUUUCAUACUGACAUUAGGGUACAAGGUCGAAAAUUGUUUGAUGAACAAAGAAAAGAACGAGAAAGAAAUAACAAGUUUGUUAAAGAACAAAAAUAUAAAGACGAAGAGCGCUCAUUAUUGGAAACAUAUUGCAAGUUACUUUUUGAUUUACAAAACCAUCAUGUGGAGGAAGACUCCCAACGUGUACAGCACUUGGCCAUAAUUACGAACUGUUCAAUGAAGCAGCAACAUAGUAAUUAUCAACUUCAUCAACCAAUUGAAUUACUUCAAAAAUUGAAAGACAAAGCCAUCAUUAAAAGCGAUGCUUUAACGGUGGUAUGUGUGGUUUCGACUUUAAUUUUAUACACACCAACUUUGUGCUGUGGUCUCGGGAGUUCUUCAUCUGAGAAUCAUAUUAAAUCAGAGCUUGGUGAAGGUUCAGCAAGGUCAGGUUUUGCAGCCAUAACCACAAAUCAUAAUGACUUACACCACGAAGAUGAAGAUGAACUUGGAGCCUCAGGGAAUAUUUAUAACGAACAUAGAAGCCAUCUAGAACAAGAUAAAAAGGCUCGAAAAGAAUUGGAUACAUUUAUUCUAGAAGAUGAAUUAUACGAUCCAAUAUCAAUACCUGACUUAAACGAUGCCAAUACUAAUAAUAAUAAUGUCAAUAGAAUAAGGAAUAAACGAGACCAUGAGAAAACAAACUUCAAUUAG